UAGCCACAGCAACAAAAAGAAGAAGAACAAGGGCCAACUUGAUGGUCACUCGCAACUGCGCUUUAUUAAUUCAUUAUUUUCCAAAAUAAUGCACGUAUAUACCCACCCAAAGCUGCCCUGCACCCCCGCCAAUAAUAAAAUAAAACAAUAACAAAGGUCUGUUAUUGUUGUUGCUGCUGCUGCGCUGGAAAAAUAACACAAAAUUUAAAACGCACAAAGGCAAACGCGAAAACGUGGAAAAUUCGGUUCGGGGAAAAUCCCAGGCAAGAUGUCGUGGUUUAAUCCCUGGGAUGGCCUCAAAACUAAAAUGUGUCGCUACCUGCUGCAGCGAUAUUUGGGACAGUUUUUCGAGAAUAACUUGAACUUAGAGCAGCUGAAAGUAGAUCUAUAUAAUGGCAAAGCGGUGGUGGAGGAUAUAUUUCUGAAGGUCAACGCCUUCAAUGAUCUCUUUGAAGACCAGGGCUGGGCCUUUGAGGUGGUUUCGGGCCACAUUGGACGACUGACAGUGGUGGUACCAUGGAAUGCUCUAAUGACUAAUGACAGCAGCCUAGAGAUCCAUAAUCUAACAAUCACUUUAAGGCCAGUUACUCGCUUUCAGAGCGGCACCACCAUGCUGGAGUCCAUGUGGUCUUCGGUGAGCAGUUCCAUGCAAAUGGCUGAAGAGUGCAUGAAGCAGGUGGACGACGAUGUGCCCUUCCUGAACCACAAUAAUGCCUUGAUUGGGCUGGAGAAGUUCGCAGAAACCAUCGAAACCAUACUCAAUCGUAUAAGAGCCAAAUUGACGAAUACUACAUUAAACAUAGAGUACCUGCUGCCCAGAUCGGAUAGAAAGCUGGUGCUUUCCUUCCAGGCCAGUCACGUAGAGUACAAGAACAAGACGGGUUACGAGAUGCCCAUGUCGACUUCCCAAAACACUGAAACUGAAGAGGACCCCAACAAUAGCUUUAAUGCUUUGCCUAUGAUAGCCAAACAUAAUUUGGUGAUAGAAGGGCUCAGUUUGCACACCUCCGAGGUGCUUGAUGUGAUGGAUCACCAGUUUGGACCCACUCCUUACGAACAGCUCUGCAAGAUUGUAGAGCUGAAGGGCGCCCAGAACAUUCAAAUCAACAUCAAGCAGACAGAGAACAUCGUGGGUCCUAAAGUCAGUCUGGAACUUAGUCUAGAUGACAUAUACUUCAUGGUUACGCCGCGGCAAAUUCACUUGCUUGUCGAGCUUUCCAAAGGCUUCAAUAGCGGUGGCCAGCAGGAGCGACCUAAAAAGGGCAGAAGCUUGAAGUCGGCUCCCCCCAGUGAAUAUCAGAUGCAAAAUCAGCAACAGCCCACCAGAAUGACGGGAAUUCUGGGACAGAAUGCAGAUUGGUGUACUGGAAUGUCAGAUGCCGAUCCCUCCGAAUAUUCCGGCUAUGGAAAUCCCCCCAGAAGCGGUUACACACGGAGUCGAAAAAUGAGUGAGUCCACAAACAGCAUGUUAACAUCAUGCACAAACACCCUCCAGCAGGAAUUGGGCUACACAGAGAAGUCUGGCGAGAUCCUCAAGUUUAAGGUGCAGAUUUCAAAGAUCUACGGGGUGGCUCUGCACCAGGAUAUUCUCAUUCAAAACACGGCCAACAUCGAUAGCGUCAGCACUGUUUUUGAUCACGCAAGUUACCUUCGCUACUCGGACACUGCCAGUGGUUUCUUUUUGAGCACCCUCCUCGAUAAUCACAUGCCGCUGCAGAAGCAGCAGUACCUUCUGCUGCGAGCAGCCCCAAUCAUCGUUAGUGGUAGCCAACAGCGCUACUUCCAGGAGCUUACAUCUAGAACUACACUAUCAGCCACGGCUGUAGAUCUCUGCGAGGUCUUGGACAAUUCUAUGGAGCAUCUGCUGCUGUUUGAUCGCCAGCGAAACUGCCCGGAUGGCUAUCACAUCAGACCGGAGAUUGUAGUCACCCAGAGCUCCUCAUUUAUGUUCAAGCAAAGCCACAAUCGUUGCACCAACAAAAUCGAGUGCAGUUUGGAUGAAUGUACAGCAGAGUUGGAUAUAUCUAUAUACGAUCGCUUAGGAGCACUCUUUGGCUGUUCCCCGUUUUCGAGAGAUUCAGCUCUGUCAAAUCCCUAUUCGGAUGAUCCUAGCCAAACAGAGUUCAGUGUGAAGUGCGAAAAUCUGCGGCUUCACUUGCGUUUUCCAGUUGUGGAUGGCAGAGCCGCUAAUGAUCCGCAGAAGAUUCCUUGGUGGCAGAAGAAUGUGCGGCGAGACUUUUUGGCUUUGGAGUUUCGUGCCUUGGUAGUCAGUUCGAAGUCCCAGAUCAGCAUCGUUUCGGAUGAAUUGGAUGCUUAUUACUGUGAUGCCGAAAAGGAGACAGCGGUACAUCUCUUAAAAUGCCAGCAGAGAAUGCAGCCGAAUAAAAAGAUUCAAAUAGACAUACUCCAGCUGAAGGAUACUGGUGAUCAACAAAAAAAACCACCAAGGAAAUCCCCCUUCAGCUCAAAAUGUACCUUUGGCUAUACUUCCCAUGUGGAGGAUGGCGGUCUGGACAAAACGGAUUCACUUUUGCCUGGUGAAACGGAGGAAAUCAAUGAAUUCUGCGAUAGUUGUACCCAAUCGUCUAAGCUGAAGGUAUUUGUUUUUAUCCCUCUCGUUAAGGUUGUGUUGGAUUCCAAGAGUAUGUAUGAACUUAUAUAUAAUCGACUUAAUGGAGAUCUGUUCAUGUGGGAGCCACGAUCUCCGCAUUAUGACAGCAAUCUGGAGGAGGAAGCCAGAGAGUCAAAGAACCUAGAUGCUGAGCCCCAGCUGGAGGAGUUUAGGAGGAACCUGCUUCUAAGUACCAGUGCCAUGGAGAGCAGCAUCUACUUCUCCAUGGCGGAACCUACGGUUUCUGCUGCACCUGCGCCGCCUAUUCGAAAUGAAGCCUUCUCGUUUGAGUUGUUCGUGGAGCAGGGAUCCUUGAUUCUGUUCUCCCAUUUUCUCGAUCCCGAGACUCAUCAGCGCUCUGAGGAGUGCGGCAAGUUCCAGGUAAACGUCAAGGAGCUGCGAUUGUUUACAGUGAAUGGAUUGGAUAACGAUGCAAAUCGGAGUUUCUUUUGCAUCCAGUUGGGCGAGAUUGAGGCAUUGCACUGUGGAAACACUCUCCAGGACUUGGUGCUAGCAUGGAGUGAUCUACCGGAUAACAACUUGCUCCCCACCAUCUAUAAUUUUCCAAAUGCCCACCAGCCGGACAGGAAAAGAGCCGAAGUUUUAUCCCUGGUGGCUGAGAUCAAGAAGCAACCGGAGCAGCGCAUUAAAAGAAUGAAGAUGUCCUUUGGGAUAAGUGGCGCCAUCCUGCAGCAUCACUCCUGCCACUCAGAGCACAGUUGGUUAAAUCAACUGAUCGACUUCAUGGACGUUGCUGAUUUUCCCAUCGAAGAAUACGAACCCUUCGCUCUGGUCUCGGAAUUGCAGUUGCAUGUGUGGAACGCUGGCAUUGAUUAUCGGCCGAAAUACUUUCCUCAAAGGGCUUUCCUGGAUCUGGGUUACUGUACCUUGAGCAGCAACAUCAUAUCAUCCAUGAGCGGCUGCACCUUGCGACUCCUCGCUGAGGACUGUGUACUCCAACUGGGUUUGGUUAAUGAACCUAAUGACUCAUUGAUCCCUGUCUUGAAUCUUGGACUACUGAACAUAUCUUUUAGGUUGAACGCUGAAGGUAGUGGACAACCGCGAGUCGACCUGCGUUCCUCCAUCCAUGAUAUGCACCUAAAAACAUGCUAUGAUUCUGCAGCUGCCCUGGCCCAACUGAUAGCUUAUGUCGCCAACGACAGGGAUUUGUGCCCGCCAGACGAGCCCAUCUUAAAUGAGGAAACCAAACCAGUAGAUCCGAAACCCAAUGAAGAUCAGGAGAUCAAUGAUCACACACAGAACCAUGUAAACAAGCUGAUGGCCGAUGCUGUGAUGGAUGUGAAGUGCUCACCCAAAAUAUCCACCAAAUCUCCUGGGGGCAGGGAGGAGGGCAUUGAGAUCUUCUACUUUCCUGACGAGCCAAAGGAGAAGAGAAAAUCCACACCCGCUAAGCCCCAAAGCACACCGCUGAUGGUGGAGAGUCCCUCGAUCAUUGGUGACAUUCUAGACUUUGAGUCGAAUGUAAUCCUGCAGUCCUACUACCACCAGAGUCAAGUGCAGCCGCAAACAUCUUUGGGCUCCCAAGUGCAGCAGGAGCUCGGAUCCCUGGGAAACGCCUCACUGGAAGAGCGUGAUUUCGACAUCAUCCACGACGAAGAGAUCUCGCGCAUGGACAAGUUUGGUAUCAAGCAGAUCUAUAUAUCGGAGGACCCCCUCCAGAUUGUGGACAACCACUUCGAAUUGCCCCACGAGAAGGUGGAUCUUUUAAGGCCUCCAGCUAGUUUCCCAGUGGCCGAGAGCAGUUACACCCUUUGCGAGAUGACUUUCACUUGGCACCUUUAUGGCGGUCUGGAUUUCCCCGAUGAACCACUCAAGAAAUCCUCUUCAUCUGCUUCCAGUGGCUUUGGUAUGUCCGAUACAUACAAGUACGGAGUAUCUCAAGCUCAGGAACAGGAUAAAAAAGGUUCCAAGAAGAGUCUGUCAAAGCAACCUAAAGGUUCAAAGCGCAAUUUGGAGGUUCUUGUGGAGAUUCAACUUUCCAAGAUCCGAUUCUCCUACGAGACCUAUCCGUUGACCUCCAUGUACUCAUCCCGCCAGGUGCUUCUCGUGUCGGAAAUUGAAAUUAGAGACAGGCUGCGCUCCUCGGACAUCAACAAAUUCCUGUAUCAUCCAACCGGCAACAAUUUAUCCCACAAACCGGAUGAGAACAUGGUGAUAGUUAAGGCCCUGAAUGUGCGUCCAAAUCCGCAGAAGAGCUCCGCGGAGGAGUGCUCCCUAAGGGUAUCCAUUCUGCCCAUAAAACUGAACAUUGACCAGGAUACCCUACUCUUUCUAGAGGAUUUCUUUUCUGGUAUGUUCCGUAACUCCGCCAGUGCUUCUAGUGGCAGUAAAACAGAGAGCAGUGGCUCCUCUGCGACAGAUAUGCCGGUGAUGUCGGUAAGCAAAAUGCCGGAAGAUUUAUCUGAUGAACUGCCCGAUUCUGAAGUCAAGGAGAUGGUGGAAAGAAAUCUGAAUGUGCUGAUUGAAGAGAACAGCUUGGAGGUUGAGGUGGAGGAGGAUUCCGCCACAGCACCACCUGUGUUCUUCCGAGAAGUGAUUUUCAGUCCAGCGCUACCCAUUUGUUUUGACUACCAUGGAAGGCGGAUUGAGCUCUCCCGAGGACCUGUCACCGGCUUAAUUAUGGGCCUCGCCCAGCUCCAAGGAUCCGGAAUUAAUUUAAGAGAAAUCGUUAACCGUAGAGGCAUACUGGGCUGGAACAAACUUUGCGAGUUUCUAGCGAAGGAGUGGCUUAAGGACAUCAAGAGGAACCAACUGCCCAAUAUUCUUAGCGGCAUUGGACCAACAAAUGCGGUGUUGCAACUUUUCCAAGGUGUUUACGAUCUUUUCCGGCUGCCAAUUGAGCAGUACAACAAGGAUGGCCGGAUCAUCAGAGGAUUCCAGCUGGGAGCCCAGAGUUUCACGGCGCGCACAGCAUUGGCUGCUUUGGAGAUCACCUCCAGGAUUAUUCAUCUGCUACAAUUUACUGCAGAGACUACUUUCGACAUGUUAUCCGCAGGUCCGUCGAUGAAGAAGAGGAAGGGCGGCAGGCAGGGCAAGAGGAGGCGACAAGGACGACCCAAGGAUCUGCGCGAAGGCGUGGCCAACGCCUAUACUAUAGUAAGAGAGGGCAUCAACGAAUCGGCCAACACCCUCAUAGAAGCGGCCAUCACGGAGCACGAUCAGAAGGGCUACAGUGGAGCAGUGGGCGCUGUGGUGCGCCAAAUUCCGCAGCUCGUUGUUUGCCCGGCGGUGCUGGCCACCCAAGCCACCACUAAUAUUCUGGGAGGCGCUAAGAGCUCGCUGGUUCCGGAGGCAAAACUGGAGGCGCGCGACAAGUGGAAGCAGGAGAUCCACUAAGGCAAUAGCUCCUCCAGAUCGGAUAGGUUUAAAGUAGAUUUAGUUCACGGGGCUUACGACAUAACGUAAUUUUUUCUAUUGUUUUACUAACAAUAAAUAAUGUACAUAAAAGGAGAAAAUGCACAAGGCAAGGGAGACGAGGAAUUGGAAUCCCGAAUGAUUCCAGAAUGGGUGUGAUUAAACUUAUCCUUUUUAGCCAUAUUUCAGUACAUCAAAGUUAUAUUUUUUAUUAUUUUACCUAAAUAAAAAUGUAUAUAAAAACAAA